CUGUGGUUAGGCCCGCCCCCGUUGCCAUGGCAGCAGAGGCCGAUGGCGGCCCCGGGCCCGGCGCUGCAGGCCCUGUACCGCUGGCUGGACUCGGUGCCGCUGUCCCGGCCCCGCAGGAACAUCGCCCGCGACUUCAGCGACGGGGUGCUCGCGGCCGAGGUGGUGAAGUUCUUCUUCCCCGCCAUGGUGGAGCUGCACAGCUUCGUCCCCGCCAGCUCCACCGCCCAGAAACUCGCCAACUGGGGGCACCUCAACAGGAAGGUGCUGAGCAAGCUGAAUUUGCGGGUGCCCGAGGAGCUGCUCCGGGAGCUGGCACAGGCCCGGCCGGGCAGGGCCGAGCAGCUGCUGCUGCUGCUGCGGGACAGGAUCCAGGAGCGCCGGGGACGGACAGACGGCACGGGAGGGGCCGGGCAGGUGGCACUGCCAGGGACGGACAAACGGCACGGGAGGGGCCGGGCAGCCCCCGGGAGCUCCGGCAGUGCCAGAGGAGGGCGGAUACCUGGACACAGGCCAUUCCCAGGGCAGGAGCGACGUGGGAGGGGGCUGCUCCUGGGAGGGGGCUGCCAGGGGGGUGCCGAAGCCCCCGGGGGGGUGCCGGGGGACGCUGCCAUGCGCCUGCAGCUGGUGGAGCGGGAGCAGGCGCUGCGCCUGGCACGGGAGACCAUCCAGAUCCUGCAGGCGAAGGUGGAGCGGCUGGAGCAGCUCCUGCUCCUCAAGAACCUGCGGAUCGACGACCUGAGCCGGCGGCUGCAGCAGGGACGGGGACAGGGACAGGGAGGGGGACGGGGACAGGGACCGGGACAGGGACCGGGACAGCAGCGCUGAGGGGCUCUCGGGACACCUCCCACCACCGAACGGCCUCCCAGUGCCUCCCAGUGCCCUCCAGUGCCUCCCAGUGCCUCCCAGUGCCCUCCAGUGCCUCCCAGCGCCUCCCAGUGCCU